ACCCAAAGGGAAGAACACGAGACGCCUCAAAUAGACCUUUUUUCUCCACACGUUUUUCCUACGUUUAUAAGAAACCUCAGUCAAAUGCAACUUCCCUAUUCAAAUCUGUAAGCGAGAAGGCUGCAACGAAGAUACAUACAAAACGUUUGUUUAAAUACCGCACAAAAUCGUCAACAAUUCUCUAUCGUUCGUUUUACAUUUGCCUUCGCCGUCAAGGCGUAUCGUUUCUAUAGCAGAUCGGUUGCAGUUUUUCCAACAUCAACAUGAAUCCCGAAUAUGAUUACUUGUUCAAGCUUCUGUUGAUUGGAGAUUCUGGAGUUGGCAAAUCAUGUCUCCUUCUAAGAUUUGCGGAUGACUCUUAUCUGGAGAGCUACAUCAGUACAAUAGGGGUGGACUUUAAAAUCCGAACUGUGGAGCAGGAUGGAAAGACGAUCAAGCUUCAAAUUUGGGAUACAGCAGGACAGGAAAGGUUUAGAACAAUUACAAGCAGCUAUUACCGUGGUGCUCAUGGUAUCAUUGUGGUUUAUGAUGUGACUGACCAGGAAAGUUUCAACAACGUCAAACAAUGGUUGAAUGAGAUUGAUCGUUAUGCAAGUGAAAAUGUCAACAAAUUGCUUGUUGGAAACAAAUGUGAUUUGACUGCUAAUAGAGCAGUUGAGUAUGAAACUGCCAAGGCCUUUGCAGAUGAGAUUGGUAUUCCAUUUUUGGAGACAAGUGCAAAGAAUGCAACUAAUGUGGAGCAGGCUUUCAUGACAAUGGCUGCUGAGAUCAAGAACAGGAUGGCAAGCCAGCCUGCUAUGAACAGUAGCAGACCUGCUACCGUGCAGAUGAGAGGGCAGCCAGUUGUCCAGAAAAGUGGCUGUUGCUCAUAAGAACAGCAGGAAAUUCUUUCAGUGAUUUUUAAUACCAUUGAUUUUGAAGAUGUGAAUGAAAGAUUUCAUAUGUAUUUUGGAUCCCAAACACGGGCAUGUCUCUCUUGCCCUUGGGAGGUCAACAUUUGAUGGACAACUAAAACAAAUUUAUUGCAUGUUGGAUAACAUGUAUAGCAAUGGGUUAUUGUUCAUGCUCUAUUGUAAAAUCAUUUCAUAAACUGGAUUCUUAGCAGUUGCCAACCAUGUUGCAGGUGGUUUACAAGACUCUAGAACUCUUGAUUUGUUGUUUUUUCAGUAGUCCGCCCAUCAUUGUCUAUUUUUACAUUUGCCAUUCUUUUUAAUGCAUUAAUGCUGUUUCUUUUCA